AUGUCUUACAACCCGAUACCGUUUGACCACACGUACAUUGUGUACGAUCCUUCGGAUGUGGUAUCUACGAUAUGCGUGCAAUUUUCCCUUUUGCCAGUUUAUAUUAUGGUGUUCUACACGUCGUGGUUUCUAAUCACCAGAGAAAUCGAGCCGGUUAUAGUCGUGGGAGGUCACUUGCUCGGUGAAAUUAUCAAUAAAAUCAUCAAACAUAUCGUCAAGCAGCCCAGGCCUGACUUCCAUAAGGAGUUUGGUGCUGGUUCCUAUGGGUUAACUUAUGGUAUGCCCUCUGCCCACUCACAGUUUAUGGGUUUCUUUGCUGCGUACUUCAUGUUGAAUGUGUGGUAUAGAGUUCCCUUACGAAAGCACUACAAAGUGGGCGCAAACUUGAUCUUAUCGGGCUGUGCGGUCACUGUGGCAUUCUCAAGAGUAUACUUAUUAUAUCACAAUAUCCCUCAAGUAGUUGUGGGUGUGAUGGUGGGGAGUACCUUUGGAGUGUUCUUCUUCCUAGUAGUGAGCAUAGCAAGGGAGAUCGGAUUGGUGGACUGGGUGCUAGGCUGGCCCGUGGUACGUCUGUACUAUGUCAAAGACUCAUACUACCAUUGUUACCAGACGUUUGCGCAAGAGCAUCGUCACUAUCGUCAGCUUCGAGCCAGCAAGUAG